AUGUCUCUCAGCGGAGCCUCGGAGCGCAGCGUCCCGGCUACCAAGAUUGAAAUCACCGUGUCCUGCAGGAACCUGCUGGACCUCGACACCUUCUCCAAGUCCGACCCUAGGGCCGGCGAGGGGCGCAGCCCGACCCGCUCCUCCCGUCCCGCAGUGGUCGUGCUGUACACGCAGAGCCGGGCCAGCCAGGAGUGGCGGGAGUUUGGACGGACGGAGGUGAUUGACAACACACUGAACCCGGACUUCGUGCGCAAAUUCGUCCUCGACUAUUUCUUCGAAGAAAAGCAGAAUCUGCGCUUCGAUGUGUACAACGUGGACUCCAAGACCAACAUCUCCAAACCGAAGGAUUUCCUAGGACAAGCGUUCCUGGCCCUGGGAGAGGUGAUCGGAGGCCAGGGCAGCCGCGUGGAGCGACCCCUCACGGGUGUGCCAGGGAAGAAGUGCGGGACCAUCCUGCUGACCGCAGAGGAGCUUAGCAACUGUCGGGACAUUGCCACCAUGCAGCUCUGUGCAAACAAGCUGGACAAGAAGGACUUCUUCGGGAAGUCAGACCCCUUCCUUGUGUUUUACAGGAGCAAUGAGGAUGGCACGUUCACCAUCUGCCACAAGACGGAGGUUGUGAAAAACACGCUGAAUCCCGUGUGGCAGCCGUUCAGCAUCCCCGUGCGGGCUCUGUGCAACGGAGACUACGACAGAACCGUGAAGAUUGAUGUGUAUGACUGGGACCGGGACGGAAGCCAUGAUUUUAUUGGUGAGUUCACCACCAGCUACCGGGAGCUGAGCAAGGCCCAGAACCAGUUCACGGUUUACGAGGUGCUGAACCCCCGGAAGAAGUGUAAGAAGAAGAAAUAUGUCAACUCGGGGACUGUGACACUGCUCUCCUUUUCGGUCGACUCUGAAUUCACCUUUGUCGAUUACAUCAAGGGAGGGACACAGCUGAACUUCACAGUAGCUAUUGACUUCACGGCUUCCAAUGGGAAUCCUCUGCAGCCCACCUCCCUGCACUACAUGAGCCCCUACCAGCUCAGCGCCUAUGCCAUGGCCCUCAAGGCGGUGGGAGAGAUCAUCCAGGACUACGACAGUGACAAGCUGUUCCCUGCCUACGGCUUCGGGGCCAAGCUGCCUCCAGAGGGAAGGAUCUCCCACCAGUUUCCGCUGAACAACAACGAUGAGGACCCCAGCUGUGCGGGCAUCGAGGGCGUGCUAGAGAGCUACUUCCAGAGCCUGCGCACGGUGCAGCUGUACGGGCCCACCUACUUUGCUCCUGUCAUCAACCAGGUGGCCAGGGCUGCAGCCAAGAUCUCCGAUGGCUCCCAGUACUAUGUUCUGCUCAUCAUCACCGACGGGGUCAUCUCCGACAUGACACAGACCAAGGAGGCCAUCGUCAGCGCCUCCUCGCUGCCCAUGUCCAUCAUCAUCGUCGGUGUGGGACCGGCCAUGUUUGAGGCCAUGGAAGAGUUGGACGGUGACGAUGUGCGCGUGUCCUCCAGGGGGCGCUAUGCAGAGCGGGACAUCGUUCAGUUUGUCCCAUUCCGAGACUACGUGGACCGCUCCGGAAACCAGGUGCUGAGCAUGGCCCGCCUGGCCAAGGACGUGCUGGCCGAGAUCCCCGAACAGCUGCUGUCCUAUAUGCGCACCAGGGACAUCCAGCCCCGGCCCCCGCCGCCCGCUGGCUCCAGCCCAGCCCCGGCCCCCGGGCAGCCCUGA